AUGGAGUCUCCGCCGCCCUCCAUCCCCAACAGCCGCCAUGCGGACUCCUCCUCCGCCCAUCACCGCCCCCUCCAAACGCCGAGCCCCGCCAUCUCCGACUCUAACCCUAGCAGCUGUAACCCGAUGCAGUCAUGGCUAGAGUCCAUCGCCCGGGCCCGUUCCCGCAUCCGAACCCUCGCCGCCCUCCUCCCUCCCUCCCCCUCCGCCGCCACCCUUGACGCCGUCGCCGACUCCGACCGCCCCGCUCGCUCCCUUCUCAGCUUCGGCGACGGCUACAGCGCCGUCUCCGCUGCGCUCGCAGGGCCUUCCUCCGGCGCCGGCGACGACCCCCUCUGCCGGUGGCUCUACGAGACCUACCAGUCCCCCGACCCGAACCUGCGCCUCUUCGUUCUCUCCUUCGUCCCCCUCGUUGCCGGAAUAUACCUCUCCCGCAUCGCCGGCGCCGGCGCCGCCUGCUCCCUCGCCGGCUUCGAGGCCGUCCUCCUCUCUCUCUACGCGGCGGAGGCCAAGGCCCGAGGCGGCGAGCCGCUCCUGUUCCGCGUCCCCGAUCUGUCGGCGCCGUCGCUCUACAGCAAGCCGUCGCCACCCAGUAGCUCCGCCAUUGGAGGAGGGCGGUCGCCGGAAGGGCCAGCCGCCGCGCCCCCCCAGCCGACAGUGCGGAUCCUGUCCCCUCCUCUGGAGCCUCAGAUCGCUGUUAAGGCAACAGUGAGGGCCUCCAUAGCCGCCGUCGCCCUAGAUUGCUACUUCAAGAAGAUUUCCCUCAUGCCCUCCCCCUCCAAGCUGGAUCUAUGCGAAUUUGCUGCUUCCUGGGCCGACCAGCGCCGCUCCUUCCCCAACUAUCUCGAUCAGCUAGAUCGGAGUUCCAACACUAGGCCUGGAUCUUCGCUGUUCAAAGGUGAAGAAGACGAGACCAGAGGUUGCGAGGAGGAGAUGGGCAGGUCUGAAAUCGAAGAUGGGGACGAUGGCGGCGGUUCAGGGGGCCUUUGGGUUCCACUGACAGGGGAGCUUCUGCAACCGUUGCUGAGGAUCUUGGGGCACUGUUUGCUGGCUCCGGCGAAUCCGCCAGAGGUCAGGGACGCAGCGUCUGUUGCAGUGCGCUGCGUCUACGCCCGGGCUUCGCGUGAUCUCAUCCCCCAAGCAAUCUUGGCCUCUCGCAGUCUCAUCCAGUUGGACGACAGAGCGAGGAAAGCAGCCUCCAUGGCGAUGGCAACCCGGGUGAGGACAUGA